AAAACAAUAUAAAAAAAUGAUAAAAAAAAUGGAUUCAGUGCAGCGAGAAAAGGAUUUAAUUAAAAUGGAGAUGCCAAGGACCAGGACGCUCAUAACCACCAGUAGAGCGGACUACGUGAACCAUACCGGAAAGGCUGUUCACAUUCCUUCUAUCAGAAAAGCUCAAGAAGACCCCUCGCUUAUAACUGGCCACAAUUGGGCGAAUCUGAAGGUUUCCGGUAUAGAAAAUAAAACGAAGACAUGGCCCAAAUCUAUGGACUGGCGUGAGGACUACGCACAGUUCAUUAAGAGAAACAAAUGGUGCAACGAGGAGAUCUACAAACUGUUAUUCCUAUUUCCGCCCGUGGAUUUCCAAAUUCUUAAGGACUUUGUUAGGGACCUUCGCAAGACGGUUUAUAUGCACGACUACUCGAGGGAUGACUUCGUUUCUUUUGUGAGUCGGCGGCGCGUUAGGAACAUAAAACGCUUUGAUUCCGAAGAUGGGGACUAUCUGACCACUUAUGGGUGCUUCUACAAUCGCUUGCAGGAAAGGGAGCCAUUCAAGAGCUCCCUAUAUCCGGAACGUAUGCUAAAGGACCCAAAUCUAGAUAGGGUCGCCAAAGAUUUGCGCAAAUUGUUUACUAAGUACAAUAUGACGACUUAUUUCGACACUAUAUGCGUCCCAGCUUUAAUGAAGGCUAAGAAUGGCAUAAUGCCAUUGGCGCCUAUCGAUCGGUAUCAAAAUCGAAAGUACUAAGUAGGGGUCCGU